CCUGGCGUCUCCUGCGAGGGCGGAAACGCUUUGUCUGUCAGGCCAGCAGACAGCCGGCUGCUGGUCUCCCUGACGCGGCCUCCGCGCCUCGCGUCAUGGCGUCGGAGGGGCCGCGGGAGCCCGAAAGCGAGGGCAUCAAGUUAUCAGCAGAUGUCAAACCAUUUGUCCCCAGAUUUGCCGGGCUCAAUGUGGCAUGGUUAGAGUCCUCAGAAGCAUGUGUCUUCCCCAGCUCUGCAGCCACAUACUAUCCGUUUGUUCAGGAACCACCAGUGACCGAGCAGAAAAUAUAUACUGAAGACAUGGCCUUUGGAGCUUCAACUUUUCCACCUCAGUAUUUAUCUUCUGAGAUAACUCUUCAUCCAUAUGCCUAUUCUCCUUAUACCCUUGACUCCACACAGAAUGUUUACUCAGUGCCUGGCUCCCAGUAUCAUUAUAACCAACCCAGUUGUUACCGAAGUUUUCAAACAGUGAAGCAUCGAAAUGAGAACGUGUGCCCUCUCCCACAAGAAAUGAAAGCUCUGUUUAAGAAAAAAACCUAUGAUGAGAAAAAAACGUAUGAUCAGCAAAAGUUUGGCAGUGAAAGAACUGAUGGAACUAUAUCAUCUGAGAUAAAAUCAGCUAGAGGUUCACAUCAUUUGUCCAUUUAUGCUGAGAAUAGUUUGAAAUCAGUUACAGAUGGUUGCCAUAAGCGAACAGACAGGAAAUCCAGAAUCAUUGCAAAAAAUGUAUCUACCUCCAAACCUGAGUUUGAAUUUACCACACUGGACUUUCCUGAACUGCAAGGUGCAGAGAACAGUAUGUCAGAGAUACAGAAGCAACCCAAGUGGGGACCUGUCCACUCUGCCUCUACCAACAUUUCUCUUCUAAGAGAAGUAGUAAAACCAGCUGCAGUGUUAUCAAAGGGUGAAAUAGUGGUGAAAAAUAAAAACCCAAAUGAAUCUGUAACUGCUAAUGCUGCUACCAAUUCUCCUUCAUGUACAAGAGAGUUAUCUUGGACACCAAUGGGUUAUGUUGUUCGACAGACAUUAUCUACAGAACUGUCACCAGCCCCUAAAAAUGUUACUUCUGUGAUAAACUUAAAGACCAUUGCUUCAUCAGCAGAUCCUAAAAAUGUUAGUAUACCGUCUUCUGAAGCUUUAUCUUCGGAUCGUUCCUACAACAAAGAAAAACACAUUGUUCAUCCUACCCAAAAGUCUAAAGCAUCACAAGGUAGUGACCUUGAACAAAAUGAAGCCUCAAGAAAGAGUAAGAAAAAGAAAGAAAAAUCUACAUCAAAAUAUGAAGUCCUGACAGUUCAAGAGCCUCCAAGGAUUGAAGAUGCCGAGGAAUUUCCCAACCUGGCAGUUGCAUCUGAAAGAAGAGACAGAAUAGAGACACCGAAAUUUCAAUCUAAACAGCAGCCACAGGAUAACUUUAGAAACAAUGUAAAGAAGAGCCAGCUUCCAGUGCAGCUGGAUUUGGGGGGCGUGCUUACAGCCCUGGAGAAGAAGCAGCACUCUCAGCACGCAAAGCAGUCCUCAAAACCAGUGGUAGUCUCAGUUGGAGCAGUGCCAGUCCUUUCCAAAGAAUGUGCGUCAGGGGAGAAAGGCCGCCGCGUGAGUCAAAUGAAGACCCCACACAAUCCCUUGGAUUCCAGCGCCCCGCUGAUGAAGAAAGGGAAGCAGAGGGAGAUCCCCAAGGCCAAGAAGCCAACCUCACUGAAGAAGAUUAUUUUGAAAGAACGGCAAGAGAGAAAGCAGCAGCGUCUCCAAGAAAAUGCUGUGAGUCCAGCUUUUACCAGUGAUGACACACAAGAUGGAGAGAGUGGUGGCGAUGACCAGGUUCCUGAGCAGGCAGAGCCCUCAGGGCCAGAGGGGAUGGACGAACCGAUCUCCACUCCUGCGAUUGAGGGCAAGUCUGAAGAGCCACCAGGCACAGAACUCCAGAGGGACACAGAGGCCUCCCACCUUGCUCCCAAUCACGCCACCUUCCCUAAGAUCCACAGCCGCAGAUUCAGGGAUUACUGCAGCCAGAUGCUUAGUAAAGAAGUGGAUGCUUGUGUUACCGACCUACUCAAAGAACUGGUCCGUUUCCAAGACCGUAUGUACCAGAAAGAUCCAGUCAAGGCCAAGACUAAACGUCGACUUGUGUUGGGGUUGAGGGAAGUUCUCAAACACCUGAAGCUCAAAAAACUGAAAUGUGUCAUUAUUUCUCCCAACUGUGAGAAGAUACAGUCAAAAGGUGGGCUGGAUGACACUUUGCACACAAUUAUUGAUUAUGCCUGUGAGCAGAACAUUCCCUUUGUGUUUGCUCUCAACCGCAAAGCUCUGGGACGCAGUUUGAAUAAGGCAGUUCCUGUCAGCGUGGUAGGGAUCUUCAGCUACGAUGGGGCCCAGGAUCAGUUCCACAAGAUGGUUGAGCUGACAAUGGCGGCCCGACAGGCGUACAAGACCAUGCUGGAGAAUGUGCAGCAGGAGCUGGUGGGAGAACCCAGGCCUCAGGCACCUCCCAGCCCACCCACACAGGGCCCCAGCUGCCCUGCAGAAGAUGGCCCCCCAGCCUUGACAGAAAAAGAAGAGCCACACUACAUUGAAAUCUGGAAGAAACAUCUGGAAGCAUACAGUCCAUGUGCCCUGGAGCUAGAGGAAUCCUUGGAGGCUUCAACCUCUCAAAUGAUGAAUUUGAAUUUAUGAGAGUUCUUGCCUGUGUAUCUGUAUUUUGGUCUAGGCCCUGAAAUAAAAGGGGGCCGCGUAAUGGGGAUCCUGCUAUCCCCAGCACUCCUAGGUCUGGAAGUAGUGAUUGUCAAAAGCCUCCAACACUGCACAGACCUGCCGGGGCCAGAUCCUGGCUCAGUCCCGACCUGCGCUUGCGUUCUUCUCACCACAGCCAAUGGCCGGAAAGAAUCUUCGCUGCUUUUUGCUUGUCAGGUAAGCAGGGUAUUGUUUUGGCUUUGAAAGUGCUUUUAAUUGAAUUCAGUCAUGCCAAUAUUGUACCUCUGAGAAGUGGCCUGUGAUGAACAAAUAAAAUUGGAAUAAUGAGUCAGAAAUGACAUGCUAUGGGCAGGGCUGGAAAUGUGACCAGAGGUUGGUGUAUGAAGGCACCGUCCGCCCUGUCAUCUGUGGGGCUCACAGUGACCAGUGUGAGCCUUGCUGUUCUUCACACGUUCUGAGCUGUUUAGACAUGGGAAGUAGAUGUGGUCAGUCAGGCCGUCAGUAGUCCGAAAGCAGUGAGUCAUCUCCCCCCAUUUAUCUUUCAGGGCAGUCAGCGGGGCCGGCAGGAAAGGAGAGGUCUUUCCUGCUUCCUCCUCCCCUCAUCAGUAGGUAGCAAGUCAGUUGUGGUAAGUUUGAAAAUAGGAAAUUAUUUGAGAAUAAAAGUUCCAAAAUUAAUUUGUGGGGAAAAAGACAAAAUAGCUAUCAGCUGCACUCAACAGCUAGAAUUUUAAAAUUUGAUAAAUCAAAAAGUUAAAGAUCUCUACAGAGAUGAAUUCCUCUGCUCAAAGCCCCUUUUUUAGAGCUCUCUAGGUGUGUGAUGUUUGUUUUGCUAAUCUUAAGAUAAAAGCAGCUUAAACAGAGUAGGUAGGCUUUUCAACAUUUCAUGCAGCUGCUGAGAGCUUUCCUUCUGGGACUAACCAAACUCUCAGCACGUGGUUGCCCGGUGAUGCUGUCAUUUUCUUGGCAGUGAAGGACUCCAGCUGAAGCCACUGCUGCAGGUGACUUCAGCUCCCUCAACGUGCAGAUGGUGGCGCAUGAAGCACGCAGCUCUGUGCCGGGGCGCUAAGUACAGUCAUGUAACUGAACAAUGUACAACUCUCUUUUUACUUUUCCAGCAAAGACUCAAAAAUUCAUCCUCAUAACUACAUUUCCCAAUAGAAAACUCCACAUUAUGAAAACUUCAAGUAUGUAAUUAAUUUGCUAAGAGUGAAACUGCUCGAAAUCCAGACUUUAGAAGAUACAGAAAACAGCACCAAGAAUAUAAGCCCAAAGCCCUUCACUCAGCAGUUUGUAGUGGUUGAAGCCACACCCAAAGCAAGAACCACAGUGAGCUGAUGGAUAUUUUACAGGAAAACUUCAAGUUAUGAGUGUGAUAGUUCUGUGAGCAAGACUGGCAUCCUUGGCUGGAUGGGCAAGCACACACCUCACAGGCGGCUAGGCCGCUUGACUCGGGGUGCGGAGGGGGGACGUGUGGAGACAACCAGGGUGUCUCCGGCGUCUUCAGGACACCUCUGUCGUGCUGGAUCCUGAAGGAAUUAGCAGGCGAUGUCUGCUGAUCCCACACAAAGGCUGUUACAGAACUCGUCCAUCCCCAGAAAGAGGGGAUGCAAAACAAGUCAUUGUCAUACUGCUGGGAAGACCCUCAGUAUUUGCUAGGAUCCCCAGAGGCGCGGCUUGACUUUUAACAGAGGCUUUGGUUUUAUGAUAGACAUGAAAACUGUCAUGCUACAGACAAGAAGAGACGUGUGUGUAAGAUUAAAGGCUGAGCAGGUUUAGGACAAGUUCAUACACACAGUGACAGUCUUCAGAGAUACAGCUUUAAUAAUUAGAGACUUGAAAGCAGGUAGAACAAAACACUCAUGAGACUCAUUCCAUUGUCAAGAAAUUUAAUAUGGCACCAGGAGAUUUGCAUAAUUGACCUGUUUGGCUUUCUGCAACAAGCUCAGUGUCCUGUUGCAGAAGCUGAGCAUUGACAGGGGACAGAGGCAUAAACUGCAGCGCUUGAUAAAACAGAGCCCAGUAUUCUGAGAUUAGUGAAGAAAACACAAAGACUUGACAGAUGCACUCCCAGAUCGCAUCUCACAGUCAUUCAGGGUUUAAGGCAAGGCAUUUUCGUGUGGAGUCUCACCUUUUCUUGUCCCAGUCAUGCAUCUUCAGAGUUCCUUGGCUAAGUCUGCAAGUGGGAGAAGCGGCAGGCUUGAUUUGCAUCAAUAAAAGGAGCGAUCUGCUGGCCAUGCUAACCCUGUUGGCUGUUAGGGGGUGGGGUCACUCUGUAAAGGGGAGUCACUGGGACGGUGUAGGAUCAGCCUUCAGAGCCUGCUGCCUGACCCUAGAGGAGGAGCCUGCGCACAUACUGCUGUGUUAGUUCACGAGCAGCUGUCGAAGCCUGUUAGCCAUCCUGGUUACCUGCUUGUGCCAGACGGAACUUCCUGUCCCAGGUAAGCACCUAAUUUUUUAAGUCUUAGUUCCUGUCACAGGCCCACUUGGGUUCAGGGCUUCUCCACUGCCCCAUCUCUGGGAGGUACGCAUCAGGGGGUAGCCCAGUGGCUGUGUUCAGAGAGGUUUGGGCAAGACAGCUCACAGUUGCAGGGGACCAGGCCUUCUCUGGGGGUGGCUGUGGUCAGUGGCAGCAGGGUCUGGUUGGGGUUGAGGUCGGUGUCAGGGACUCCUUCCUGGUGGCUACAAGGUGUCCUUGCUACAGCUCUCCUGAAAGAACAAUGUGGUCUUUGAAUCCUUGGCAGAACGGAUGGGCCUUUCCUGCUCUGCAGCCCAGUCUGUCUCAUAGCCCAUCCCAGGCAGAGCACUCAAGGCCUCAGCCCCUAUUGUGGUUCCCCUCCUUGGGGUCUAAAGAUCCAAAUGCCAGGAGUGUCUCCCAUACGUGACGGGAAGGCAGAGCAGCAGCACAUUCACUGGACUCCCAGGUUGUGCUGGGAGGCAGGAGGGCUGGAGAGAGGGAGACUGUGUGUGCUGAAGUACAGAGGAUCAGCUGUAAAUGUCCAGGCUUUGGCGCAACAGUUCAGUGGGGCUGCUGGCAGCCACGUAACCCACACACUUUAACGCACUCAUUUGAGUGCUGCAGACCCCACCCUGGGUGGUAGUACACACAGUGCUGAAUCCCUGCCUUUGCCUUCUGUAUCAGUUAUUUGGGAGCCAGGGCUGAACAACUCUGUCUCCGUGGGGAGACAGGGAGCCUUAGGGAGCCUAGCCUGUCUAGGGAGCCUCUGCCCUGCCGCCUGCAACUUCCAUGCCAUAGCCCAGUCCCUGCCAGGGUUUAGCUCAGUAAGCCACUCCCCCUGACCCCUCCAGCAGGUGCCGCAGGUGAGGCAUCCCGCCAGGAGCUACCUGGAGGGUUCCCCACCUGUCCAGGUUUCCUGCUCUCCUCAACGUAGUGACCGGCUCAGUGCUCUGUACAGGAGGUGGGGUGGCCGUGGGGGCCCAUCUAACCAGACAGCCCCCACCUGUGAGUCCCUCCCAAUCUUGCCUCCCUUCUUCAGUCUCCUUUAAGGGCUGAGGCCGGAUGCCCCUUGAUCUGCAGCCUCAGCAACAAGACAUGGGAUUCCCCUCGCAGGGUUGCAGGUUUCAUAAAGGAAACUGCUCCAGGGCUAAGAGGGAGCAAGUGGGGUCCAUGCUGAAUGGGUCCCUUCAAAGAUCCACUGGAUGUGGCAGGUGCCCUGCCCCCGCCUCCAGCCCUACUUUCUUUGCCCGGCUGCAGCCACAUACCCACGCCUUCCUCCAGCUCUGCAUCAUCCGGUCGUGCUCCCCAGCCACAGCCCUCCAGGCGGAAAGCUCUCUGCUCCACUUCUCCUGGUGGGCCACUUCUGGAAGACAAGCAGGGUCCUCAGGCCAUAGCUCUGCGGGCCUUUAUGGCACCCUUGAUGCCCACUGGCCACCUUUCUCAGUGGAAAGCCAAUAAAUCCCAAACCCAAAAUGCCACCGUGCAGGCAUGCUUUCCAGCAUGUUUUUUUCAACUGCCAUUGUAAAUAGUGAAAAAUCACCUCCUAAAAGGGUUCCAGUGGGCAUGGGAAUCACUUACCAGGUCUCAUCACAGCAACCUGCACCUUCGAAGUCUUGUUCCCUGCUGAGGAGAUGACAGAGCAACGAUACUCGGUGCUUUCCCUGAUGGUGUCCUGCAGCCAGCUGAGCGCGUGGGCCCUGCCAUCGGGCAGUGCAUGGGUCUGCACAGGGACACAGGUCUCCAGAGCUCGCCCAUUCUUCUCCCAGACAAAGUGAAUGUCUGCAGGACCUGGGGGCACAGACCGUUUCUACCUCUGAGUCCACAUUUAGAACCCAAAGCAGCUACCCAACGAGGGGGUAGGGGGUUACUUCUGUUGUCCCAGCUGGACCUGAAGUGACUUGGGACAACUUCCAAUUCAGUCCCUGGGACUCGCCUGGAGGUGGCUUCCCCAUGGCCAGCGGGAGCCUUGGCCUUGGCCCCCGUCCUGUGGACUUCCUGCUCUUUGACUUUAAUUGCCAUUUUUCAAAGUACACCUGUGUGGCUUGUGUCCCGAGGACCCCCUUUCUCACGGCGCUGUGCUGGUUUCCUGCAGAAUGCUUCUGGGCCUUGGAGCAGCAUCCCACCUGACCCUGGCCCUGCUGCCACACACGUGUCCUGUGACCACAUGAACAGAGACAUCCCAAAGGCUCUGCCAUCACCAGGGCCACAGCACAGAGAGGCCCAGAGCUUGGCCAGCUGUGUGUGGAGGGGGCUGGGCCAGAGUGGGGACCAUGAGGGCCUGUCUCUCCAGUUGAAACACUGGAUCCUGGGGCAGGCUUGGAGGGGAGCUACAUGUCACAGGCUGGAAGGCUCUGACCCUGGCAGGGGCGGGGCCGGGCUCUGCAGAAUUACACUAGGACCACCAGUGCAGCACAUCCAGGAUGGGCUUCCAGCUUUGAGCAUGGACCCUGGGCCUGACACUGGCCACUUCUACCCCAAACCUCUGUUGUUUUUUUGGGCUUUUGAUCUUAAUUACUCAUUGAAAAAAGUAGAGAGGCCAAUUACUUCACACACACUCAGUCUACUGCACCCUGCCAGAGUGGAGCCUGGCCGGCCUCAGCUUGUCUGUGGGAGAGAUCAGGAGGGUGGGCGAGGCAGGGAUGUUCCCCUGUGGCCCAGGCUGCCUUGCCUGAGGAGGCCAGCCUCGUCCCAGGGCAAGAAGGCGACAUGGCCAACCCUGAGGGCUAACCCUAGACUCCGUAUUUGUUCCAGGUGGCUGGGGUGGGGUUGUGAAAACCAGAGUGUUGGGGGUGGGGCGGGGGGUGCCCAUAAGCAAGGUCUAGUCAUCAGGUCACCUCCCGACCUUCCUUGCUUGUGAAGUCUGUUGGCCCUCCAGGGUCUGCUGGCCAUGUUGGGACAGGCACAAUUCCCUGUCCCUUACUGAAGGAAAAACAAGCACAUCCACUUUGAUCUGCUUCACACACUGGCUUCCACUCAAAUGCAGAAAGGGUUGAGGGGGGCCAUGCUCCCACUAAGCUCCAGCCCCAGAGGUGCAGACCCUGGAGCUGAGCUGGGAUGGUGGGGAGGGCCAGGCCAGGCCCUGGAGGGCAGGUGAGGGGGUGCAGAUGCUCUUCUGUCUCCAAAGCUCCUGCUUACGGUGGGGCAGAGGAGGCCGGCCAGCCUACGCUACUGCUUCUGUCUCCUACAGGUGCAGCCUGCAUCAGGCCAGGCACCCCAGCAGCAUGGACCGGGGUGACACCCUCCCACCUCUUGCUUAGCGACCUGGCUCCCUGAUCAGCACCUGCCCUUCCUCAAGGCCCCCAAGUGGGCCAUGGGCCACCUAGACCAGCACCGGGCAUGGCCUCUGCUUGACCAUGAUACCUCAUAAGAAUCGGUCUUUAGAAGUUAGAUUCGCCCUAGAUGCCCAUCAACCUUGGAAUGACAAAAUGAAAUGUGGCUUCGUGGAGAAUGUUCAGCAGUGAAAAGGAAGGAGUUCAGAACACUGAGCAGGAAAAACAAAUUCCAGAGCCAAAACAGUCCAAAGUACCUGCACACACAGAAAAACUGGCCUUGUUCUCAGGUGUGGGGCAGGGGUGCGUCCAGAUACAGGUAUUAAAUGGUGUGGGAGGACCCACGCUUCCCUCCCUGGGCAGGACAGUGGUGGCCAGAGAGCUUUUCAUUUCUGUGACACAUGCUGGAUUUUUGAAGGGAAGAGACCGCCAGUUUAAUGAAGGUGACUUUAGUAAUGCAUUUUCCCUGCUUUACUGACUGUGGCAUCUGCUCACCUUUGUCCAGUCUCUUGGUCAACAAUUCCCCACUGUCCAGGAUCAUCAGAGAAUGCUCCUCCCAAGGACUUGACCAAGCUCAGACUCUUUAGCUGGACAAUCCUAGGAAGGAGUCCCAAGGCAAUGAUGGGCCCAGUGAAGCCCUGUUUCUAUCAGUGAGGAGUUGGGAAAUGUCCAAGAAGGGGGCCACAAGUCACUCAUUCCAAGUGCCAUCAAAGAAUAUUCAGCAACACAGAAAAAUACUGUUACGUGAAAGAAUAGGUGUGUGUGCAUAUAUGUACACACCCGUGUAUACAUGUGUGAACGCAGAUACAAUCUUGACCUAAAAAUGGCUGGGAUGCUGGUGGUAACUGCCUCUGGAUGGUUAAAUUUGGGAUUGUUUAAAUUUUUUCUUUAUACUUCCCUGGAGUUUCCAACCCUAAAACAAGCAAGCAUUGCUUUUAUUAUAGUAAUUUUUUAUAAAAGUGUUAUUUUGAAGGAAACAUUCCAUAAACUCAAGGAAAUUUGGAAGGUGCUCCACAACUGUUUUGCCUGGCGGCCCAUCUGGCCCUGGCCUGGUAGACAAGCCCUUGUGAACAGGUUUGGGUUUUGUGCAUAAUUAAGACAAAAAAAAAAAAAAAUCUUAACACUAUAAUUUGUUUUUUCCCCACUCAAAAUGUUUUGGACUCUAACCACAGAUAACUCCAUAUAUCCGUCUACAGAUAUAAGUACAUAUUACAUGUCUCUAUAUACAUCUAGGUGCCCAUUAACUAGAUAGAUAUUCCCUUCCUCAGCUGAUGGGCAUCCAGGUAAAAUCUCAUUUUAAGAAACAGAUUUUUUUGAGCUGUUACGAUCAAGUAACAACACUUUUCUUUGAACAGUGAAGUGAGUUCCAUAAAAGCCCAGUCUCCUCCCUCAUGUGACCUGCACCAGGAACCACCCAGGGGACUGGAGUCACUGAGUCACAGGAGCCUCUGGAAGGUUCUCAUGACCAAGCCCUUGAGACUAAGCAUCUGGGUGGCCUGAGCUGGAUUGGAUUCAUCACCCAACACCACAUCAUGGGACCACUGACAGCAAAACCCUCAAAGCUCUACACUCUUGGGGUGUGAGUAGAAACAGACACAUGUGCUUACCACCGCUAACAUGAGGCAUCAGUAAAUACUCUUUAAAUAUGUGCUUGAUCAUCAUAAGACAUUAAAGAUGUUAAAGAAGUA